AUGAAGAGCGGAAUUGUCAGAAAUUGGAGGAUCUCCCUGAAGGGAAGGAAUUUCUCCGCCACGAGUAAAGUCUUUGUUGAUAAGAACACGACGGUGAUAUGCCAGGGGAUCACGGGCAAGCAGGGAACCUUCCACACCACGGAGGCCAUGAAAUAUGGUACCAAAAUGGUCGGUGGCGUGAAUCCUAAGAAAAAAGGAACCAUGUGGGAAAGCCUAGACAAAAAAUACACUCUUCCCGUAUUUGGAUCCACGAUGGAAGCAAAGGAAAAAACAAAUUGUUACGCAUCUGUCAUAUAUGUCCCCCCCGCACAUGCAAAGAAUGCCAUCAUAGAAGCAGUGGAAGCAGAAAUCCCUUUAGUGGUUUGCAUAACUGAAGGGAUAUGUCAACACGAUAUGGUAGAAGUAAAGCAUUGUUUGAAAAUGUCACAGAGAACAAAAUUAAUUGGCCCCAAUUGUCCAGGCGUUAUAAAACCAGGGGAAUGCAAAAUCGGUAUUAUGCCAUCUCACAUUCAUAAGCAAGGGUGCGUUGGAAUUGUAAGUAGAAGUGGAACACUGACUUAUGAAGGAGUAAAUCAAACUACGAAAGUUGGGUUAGGACAAUCGACUUGUAUAGGUAUUGGCGGAGACCCCUUCCACGGAACGAACUUUAUCGACUGUAUUAAACUGUUUCUUGAAGAUGAAGAAACUAAAUGCAUUUUACUCAUUGGAGAAAUUGGCGGAGAUGCAGAAGAGCAGGUCGCCGAAUGGUUGAUAAAGAAUAAUGUGGAUGAUGGGAAGAAGAAAAAAAAAAAACCUGUUUUCGCUUUCAUAGCAGGGAAAUGUGCUCCCCCUGGUAAGAGGAUGGGCCAUGCGGGUGCCCUAAUUAGUGGUGGCAAAGGCACAGCUGGAGAGAAAAUCAAGGCUUUAGAAAGUGCAGGUGUGCACACAAUUAUCAAUCCCGCUUUAAUGGGGCAGGAAAUUUACUCCGUCAUGAAUGGUCUUAAGUGA